AUGGUGGGAGUCUCGGCGGUGUCUGUCGGCACGGCUAGUGCUGGGCUUCGGCUCGUGGGCGAUGCGCGUGUACACGCUCCGGCGCCGCUGCAGCUGCCGCUGCUCACGCUCGGCGUGCUCGGUGCUCAGACGGUGUGGUCGAUGGACAUGGCGUUUGCACCACCGUAUCUGCUCGACCUCGGGCUCUCCAAAUCGGCCAUGGCGGCCGUGUUCGUCGCGGGACCGCUGUCGGGCCUCAUCGUGCAGCCGCUCAUCGGCAGCCUGGCGGACAACAGCACGUCGCGCUUCGGAAGGCGCCGGCCGUUCCUGGCUGCAUCCACGCUCAUCUGCGCAGCGAGCAUCCUGCUGCUCGGCUUUGCAAGGGAGGUGGCGGGCUGGUUCACCACGCACGAGUCGGACGCCCAUCGCAGCCUCGCCAUCCUCAUGGGCGUGCUGGCAGUGUACCUCGUCGACUUUUCUGUAAAUGCGGUCACGGCGCUCGACCGCGCACUCAUGGUCGACGUUGCGGCCACAGAAGAUCAGGCCGAAGCCAACGCAUGGGCGGCACGCCUCUGCGGCGUCGGAUCUGUGCUGAGCUUCCUGAUCGGCAAUCUUGAUCUGCCCAGCGUGUCGCCUACUGUCCUCGGCAAGACGCAGAUCCAGAUCAUCUCGGUGCUCGUCAGUGCCAUUCUCGUCGCCACACAUGCGCUGGUGGUGCUUCGCGUCGAAGAGCAGGUGCUCGUCCCGUCGCGCACACGCGGCUCAUCUGCGUCGAAGCACAAGCCUUCGGGAGCCGCAGCCGUGUUUGCGGACCUCUACACCCAGGCGCGCAGCCUUCCGCAGCCGAUCGUCGAGAUCUUCAAGAUCCAGUUCUUCGCCCAGAUCGGCUGGUUCCCCAUCCUCUUCUACAGCACCGUAUGGGUGGGCGAGAUCUACAAGGCGGACGUGCGCAUGAACGGCGGCAAGCAGUCCGACCACGAGCUGUUUGAAGAGGCCACACGUGCCGGCAGCCGCGCAUUCUUCUGGCAUGCGGUGCUGUCGCUCAUGACGUCGAUCGUGCUGCCGCUGGUGGUGCCCAAUCCGGUGCACGAGUCGCAGACGCAUUCCGUGUGGUUCGCCGACUCGUCCCUCGUGCGCAGACUGCGUGGGAUGCGCGACCGCUGGCCCGAGCUGCCCUUCUGGUGGGUGUUUGCCAACUUUGUGUUUUUCAUCUCCAUGAUGGGCACCUACUUUGCCGGGCUCACGCAGAGCGUGUUUCUGGCGACGUGGGUGAUUGCGUCGGUUGGGUUCUGCUUUGCGUGCAGCAACUGGAUCCCGUACAGCCUGUUGGGUAUCCUCAUUCAGACGCAGCAUGCCAAGGAGGUGCCAGCCGGAGCAGGGAUUGGCGGGCUCGCGCUCAGCAGGCCGACGUCGUCCGUGCGUGCGUCGCGCGACGAGGCAGACGAGGUGACGAUGGCCUUGCUCGGAGACAGCUCGCGCGACGACGAUCAGCGGCGCACGUCCAUCAGUCGCACGCCUUCCUACGAUGCAUCCGGACAGAGCCGGCCGAGACCCGUCUCGCACGCCGGUCAGAAGCAUCCCCAGCACGCACACGGCGAUGCCGACUCGGACGACGAGGAGCGGCUCGAAGCCACACUCUCCUUUGGCGGCCAAAGCGAACGUACAAGUGGGGAUAACAGCCCUCACGACCACGUUCGGGAUGCCGAUCUGGAGCAAGGAUCGACAUCAGCGUCGAGCACAUCUACACACGCAGGCACCGUGCUCGGGCUGCACAAUGUGGCGGUCGUGAUUCCGCAGUUCCUAGUCACUGCGCUGUCGUCGCUCAUCUUUGCCAUCAUGGAGCCGAAGCGGGGAUCGGACGAUGCGCCCACCGGCGCUGACGGCUCACCCGAUGCCCCAGUCGGCCAGAGAAGCGACGCGCUCGGCAUCGUCUUCCGCCUCGGCGGCUGCUGUGCGCUGGUAGCUGGCAUCCUCGCGCCUUCGAUUCUGCAAUGCAUCAUCACCUCUGGAUUGAUCGGUGUCUUUGCUGAAAGCGGGGCUGAGCGAGCAUCAAUCCUGAGAAUCAAGUUGUAUCCAGGCUCUUCCCUCUACCUUCCACGCCUCUACUUGGAUAUUCAUCCUGCUCACCGCCUGGCGCCGCCAUCUAGCACACGCUUUGCACUCCAUCCGGGUUCAAGAAGCGCUAGCCAAGGGACGACCCAUCUGACCAUUCCAACAUCAGAACAUGUUCAGUGCCGCCCACCGCUCCCUUCCGCUCUUGCCCAACUCUUCGCAUACUCUCGGAUCCUUCUACCACAAUACCAGGCCCUCACCCUACCCCGUGCAUCCAACUGCACCGUAGACGGCCGACACCAGAUCGAGUCUCUUUACCCCCCGCCUCUGCGUGAGUGUGCGGCUUUCAACCCCGCAUUCCGAACGCAAAAGCACCCCGUCGAAGCUGCUGCGGUGAUCUCAACUCGUCACCGUCCUUUCCUUCGCCGACCUUCCAGUCGACUCUACUCGCACCAUACGGGCACCGCAUCGCUCGUCCCAAUUCCAACUUCAUGUCUCGCCAAUUCAGUGCAGAUUUCUGCAAAGCUGCAGAGCACGCCCGGCCGUACCAGCCCGUACGCCCGCACCGGCGCAUUCAAGUCGGGCCCUCCUUCGCGCUCCGGCUCGAGCGUAGGAGGCUCACCGCGUCCCCUCUUUCAGUCCGACAACGAGCUGUCCAGCUCCACAGACGACGACGACGACGACCUCGGCUCCAAACACUUUCCCGGCAUCAAACUGCCCGUACCCACCCUCGCCAUGUCCUCCCGAAAGGCACCCAGAAAUCAAAACACAAAGAAGCCCUCCAAGGUCUACUCGACCAAGAAGGAUCGCGCACGCGGCGAACGCAAGGCCAGCGUUCGCAAGGAGCGCUUCGACGAGCUCGACACCGACUCGGACCUCACCGACGUCCCCUCGGAUGACGACGCCCAAGACGUUGCUUCCGUCGCCGGUCCCUCCUACUCGAGCCUGAACAAGGGCAAGGCAAGGAGCGUCGACAGCGAUGACGACCUCGAGUCGGACUCGGACACCGAGAUGGAGCGCAAGCUCGCCGAGGCGGGCGAUGGCGAGUCGCUGCUCGGCAGCGGCGCUUCCGGCGAAGACACCGAGGAGGAAGAGGAGCGCUUCAUCAUCCAGGACGCCCUCGACCGCGAAUCCAAGGCCAAGGCGCGCUUGCAGCAACGCGACCCCACCGACCGAUCGCGCCAUGCUGGCGACCGCAACUGGGCCAGCAAGGGUGAUCUGCAGCAUCGCGCUCGCUCCAUGGCGAUACGCCGGGCUAACGGCGACGGCCAGCCCGGCGAGGCUGGCGAUGACGCCGAAGCCGACGUCGAAGACGGCGAUCAAGACGACGAUGGCGAUGAUGCCGACCUGCUUUCCAUGUCUCCCGACACGCUGCGCAUGUACGGCCUCCCCGUCAUCGACGACGAGCUCUUCGAACAGCAAGAGGCCUUCAACUCGUCCUCCGAGCCUUCCUUCACCGACUUUUUCGAAACCUCCACCGACAGCGAGACGGGCGCUCCCGACACGCAGAACGAAAACGGCGACGACGACGACGAAUUCACCACCGAUUCGGACGAGGACCGAGACAUCAGCGACCUCGAAGGCGGCCUGCUCGAUGCGCCGCUCAUCGCCCACAUUGGCACUGGCAGCGCCGACCAGACCAUCGCCACGUCGGAAGGUGCCGAGGACGAGCAGCCCAAGCCCGAAAUGCCGCUGCUCGUCAUCGAGGAUCUCGACGGCCGUCUCAUCUACGCUAGGGCUGGCGACGGCGAGGCCGUCUUUGGCUCGGACGGCGAGUUUGAGUUUGUCGACGACAGCGACGACGACAGCGCCGAUUGGGAGUUCGACCAGGGCGGCAACCGGCUCUGGUCUGGUGCCGGCAGUCAUGCCGGCUUCCUGACUGUGCCCGACGACGACGGCGACACUACGGAUGAGCUUCCGGACGAAGACAUGCCGUAUCCGCGUCUGCUCGUCGGGUCUGUCGCGCCUCGCGGCGGACGCAACGCGCGACGUGCGCGAGCCAUGGCCACCAACUCGCGCCGCCUCUCGCCUGCGGCCAGCAGCAACAUGCCUUCGCCCUCGGCGCUGCAACACGCCCCCGCCACGUCGACGUCGGACUCGAGCGCAAACGGCAAGCAGUCGAGCGGAUCGGGAGCCUCGCCCGUGUCAUCCGACGAGCAGGCUGCCAACGAGGUCGGCAUCACCAUCUCCACCGAAGACCUGGCGCGCGAUCCUGAAGGCACCCUCCGGGCUGCCGCAGCCGCGCUGGGAGUCACGAUCCAGGAAGCUGCCGACAUGGUGGCGGGCGUGCAGGUGCCUGCGAUCGCCGGCCGACCCGCCGACGGCACCGACAGCUCCGCCAGCAGCUCCGUGCAUGCCGACGGCAAGAUGAUGGCACCCAAGACACCGGAUCAGCGCCAGACGAAUGUGGCCAAGCCUCAGAUGGGAAGCUUUAUGCCCACCUCGGCCAAGUCGGUGCACCGAGCCGUGAUCGACGGUUCGCGCAAGGCGCCAUCUCCGUUCUCGGGCAAGAGGAGCUUGGAAAAGAAGGGCCUCGCCAAGAAGCGUAGCGCCGGACGCAGGAGCUCGCUGAUGGACGAGGGCUUCUCUGCCAAGCGUCUGCGACGAUUCUCGUCGGCCAACGACGCUGCAUCGGCGCUGGACGAGUACAGCGAAUUGGCACCAUCGUCGCCCGAGCCGGUGGCCGAGGUGGAUCCGAUGGAGCUGGACGACGUGGUGGAUGCGAGCAUGAUCUGGCGCGGCGCCGGCUCCAAGUCGCCGUCGCCGGAAGCGCCGGACGCGGAGCGACGGCCGUCGAUGCGUGCCUCGCGCAAGUCGUCGUCUUCUGCACCCGGUCUCAACCUCAACGCGUUUGCACGAUGGAACAAGAUCCCCAUGGGCUCGUUCCGCGACUCGCAGGCUGCGCCGGUGCCGUCUCAGAACGCGUUCCAGCAGCAGCAUCCGCAGCAUCAGCAUCAGCAGCCGCUGGGCACCUUCCUGCUCACGCGCUCGCAAGGCCAGUCGGGAAGCAGCCGACGCACCAACUCGCCAUUCCGCUCGAGCUCGAAUGCCGUGCGCCAUCCCGAGAUGUUCUCGAUCAGUCCUCUGCGCCAGCCGCACCAGGAGGUGGAGCAGCAUCUGGAUGCGGGCCGCUCGAGCGACAGCACGCCCGGUCGACGACGAUCGUUUAUCAUCUCGCCCGUUCUCUUCCCGACGCGCGGCGGCGAGAUCCCACCGCCGUCGUCGAGCCCGUACACUGCGCAUACGCCGACGUACAGCCAGGUGGCGGCGAUGCGUCUGGGCGGCAGCGGUGCGGCGGGCGAUGCAGCCAGCGUGGCUUCCAACACCAGCGCCGGUCCUGGGCGCAUCACGCGUCGCGAGAAGCGCGAGAAGCGGGCGCGACGCGCGGCACUGCUGGCUGCGCAGGAGAAUGGCGAGGUGGGCUCGCCGCAGGAUGGGGAUGAGCGCCGGACGGUGUCGGCAUCGCCGAUGCCCUCGACGCCACUGCUGCAGCUGUCGAACCUGCCGGAAGGCAGCGGCGGCGGCGGCGGAUACGAGGAGGGCGACUCGCCCGCGACGGCGUUCCCGCGAAUGCGCAUCACCGAUGCCACACCCACGCCGCGCGGCUCGCCGGCUCCCUUUGGUGCCGCAGCGCCAGGCAAGGAUGUGUCGCAGGCGGUCGAUGCACCGAGCCUCGCACCUCCCACGAGCAGCCAGUUCCUGCCCGAGGCCGAGCUGGAUGCAUCUCCGGCGCCGUCGAUGCGCAGCAGGGCUGCAGCGACGGACGAUGGCGCGAGUGCCACUGCGAUGCUGCCGUCGUCGGCGUGCAAGACGCCGCUCCACUCGCCGCUGUUCGGAGGCAUCUUUGGCGGCGCACUCAACUACGAUCUCGAGGACAAGGAUGCCGAGCAGCUGCGCAUCUAG